AUGGGCGAGGAGUUGCGAGGAGACGGUGAGGGCGUGGCCGCAGGGUUGGUCGGGGUUUGUGGGGUCGCCGUGGAGGUGUGGGAGACAGGGCGCUUCGAGGCUGUUGUGUUGGGGGAAAGAGGCUCUAUCGUCAGCCGGCACCGCCUGAGGCACGCCGAGUUGGGCAACCUGGGGUUGCUCCGCGAUAAAGUGGUUGGCAGCCAAAGGCGUGCUUGGCCAUGUCGGUAUUCCGUCACUCACUGCGUCGGCCGGUACGUGGAGGUCGACAUCUACUCCGCGAUCGGCAAGGAGGUUUCUGAGUGUCUGAACGGUGUCAUGGAGGCGCUUCGUCUCACGCAGCAGAUCCGUCUCGACGGUUCGCAGACGGCUGAUUUCAUUCUCGAGGGAUUUGGUGUACAGGUCCUUGCGGAGACGAAUUACUCUUUUCGGCCUGCUGCGGACCAGAGAGCCCAACGGGAACUGCAUGUAACCAAGAAACCGGGUCAGCUUGUGGGCCCCCUGGAUCCUGAAGCUCGUCCGAAAGAGGAAAUUCUGAUUAAGUGA